CUCCUCCUCCUCCUCCUACGCCUCCUCCUCCUCCUCCCUUUCCUCGGGGCGGCGUGCCCGCCACCCCGAGAUGGGAGGGCCCGAAUUCGAGCUCGACCCCGCCGGAUGGCGAGGCGUGGGCGGCACCUCGCCAGCUCGCGCGCGCGCGUGCAGGGCCGCAUGCCCCUGGCGUGCGCUGGGAGGAGGAAGGAGGAGGCCCUUGUCGCCCGCUCUCGCCGGUGCUGUCGGCUCUUGCCAAGGCCAACGACGAAUUCGACGCGCCGCGGCCUCUCGCGGCGCAGGCUCUCAGCGCAGCUGCCCUGGCCUCCGCAGGGGAGCCCGGCGGCGGGGUGGGCGAGGGGAGCCGGUCCAUCGGCUCCCAGGGCCUCCCUGCCGCGGGGGCCCCGCGAAGGAAUUCGCCCGCGUCGGCGGGCCCCGCUGCCCACGACGCCGGCGGCGGAAUUAGAUCCCCCCCCUGCGUGCCCCCGGCAGGGCUCGCCAUGGGGAGGGCGCCUAUAUAGCCGCCGCUCGCCGCCCGCUAUGGGGAUUGUACACGACACGGCUGUGGGCUGGUUUGUCCUCCCCGGCCUGACAGGGCGCUCCCGCCCUCGCUGCGGUCCGAAACGAGCGCGCCCGGCGCCUCUCGCCUUUCGCGGCAGACCUCUCGAGGCGGGGAGGACGCGCGUCAGAGCGUG